AUGGAAGAGUCAAGUCUCACAGUUGCACCAUCAAUUCUUGAUGGAGACAAUUAUGAAACUUGGGCUGUUAGAAUGACAGUUCAUCUACAAGCACUUGAUGUUUGGGAAGCAGUGGAAGAAAAUUAUGAAGUUCCUCCCCUGGGAGCCAAUCCAACUGUGGCUCAAAUGAAGUUGCAUAAAGAAAGAAGGACAAGAAAGGCUAAAGCGAAAGCUUGCUUGUUUGCUGCAGUUUCACCAUCAAUUUUCAUCAAAAUCAUGAAAAUUGAUUCAGCUGCAGAAAUUUGGGAGUAUCUCAAGGAGGAAUACAAAGGAGAUGAAAGAAUCAAGAACAUGCAGGUGAUGAACUUGAUUCGAGAAUUUGAAAUGAAGAAAAUGAGGGAGUCUGAUGCUGUUAAAGACUAUGCUGCACAACUUCUUUCAAUAGCAGACAAAGUUAGGCUGCUUGGAAAAGAAUUUUCCAAUGAGAAGAUUGUUCAAAAGAUAUUGGUUACACUUCCUGAGAAAUAUGAAGCUACAAUUUCCUCUUUGGAGAAUUCAAAAGAUCUGUCAACUAUUAGCUUGACAGAAUUAUUACAUUCCUUAGAGGCUGUAGAACAAAGAAGACUCAUGAGACAAGGAGAUACUGCAGAAUGA